AUGCCUCAAUCAAACAUGGCAGCCAUAGCAACCGCCCGUCAACAAUCCUCGGUAGCCAUCACGGUUGAUUCUCCUGCUGAUCGGGACAGUGAGGAACAGAAAGAGUUCAGACUGAAAGCCACCCAGUUUCUCAAGGAAGCCCAAAGCACCAGGAGGCUGGUUAACAGGUUGGAAAAAGACAGGUCGUUGAGUGUCGAGUGUAAGAAAAAUGGAUGGUCUGACAUGGCAACAGAGCUGGACGAGUAUGAGAAAACACUGGUUAAACAGAGAAGUGCACAUAAAACGCAACUGCGAAAGCAGCUGGCUAAGAUUAAAGAUGGCGUCAAAGAGUUCCAGCAACAAUUAAUAAACAUGACACCAAGUACAGAGUUGAUUGAGAAGCUGAAGGAGAGCAUGUCUGAGGUGGAAUUUUCAAUCAACAAUUUGAAAGAGGAGCAGAGCAUGUGCUUCGGAGAAUUGUUAAAAGAGGAGAGGACGUGCUCACUGGAGAUGGAAGCCUAUGAGAGGAAGGUUGAAAAUUGGAGUCAGCCCAGAAAGUCAAACUCUAAAGUCUCUGCUGCUUCAACUGUUAAGCAGAGCAAAGCCUUGGACCAAGACCUCCCUUCCGAGGUCCGAGCUCUGGAAGCUUUCCUUCAAAAGACGGGAGGCGUCUGCGGCGGUUGGGAGGAGUUUGAUCACCAGGCCUUCCUCAAGGCAUGGACGAAGCGCGGCGGGCGGGCGGGCUUCAGGAAAGAAGCGAAACUGUAUCUACCCGGUAAAAGUCAGGAGGAGAUUGAGGAACAUGAGCGCUGGUACCAAGAGCUGAUCUACCUCCAAGAAAAGAAGAGAGAGGCCAUCCAAAGGUGGAGGAACAAGAAGGAAUUGGCACGCAAAACGCAUUUGCAGAAAGAGGUGGAAGUGGAAGAAGUUGAGAGGAGGAAGAAAGACGCACGGUGCCAGGAGAAAAAGCAAGAGAGUAAAAGUGCAAACAGAAAAGCAAAAUGUUCAUUUGAGAUUGUUAUGUUACUUUUUAGAAGUGAGGAGAAGAAGUCUGCUCGGCGACUGGAGGUGAGGAAGGAGGUCAAGAGAAGCAAAGAGGUGCAGGCAGAGGAGCAGAAACGACCAGAGGAGGGCCACAAAAAUGGAAUGGCCAAGGAGGCCAAGUCGAAGCCCCGCGAGCAACUGCAAGGAGAGAGAGGAGAAGAGGGAAACCUCAGGCGGACAAGGAAAAGAAAGCAGACAACAAAAGACAUCCAGUCCUCGAUUAAAAGGGAUCUCGAGCGAGUGCAGACCAAGCGUCAGGAAAAGCUGCUGAGGCAAAAGGAGGACGGAGAGCGUCUGGAGAGGAUCAUGGCGAAGCUGAAGGACAAAGUGGACGGUCACAUAGUCAGAGACCCAUCUAGGCUGACACGACCCACUAAGGGAUGGGAGGAGCGUAUGAAGAGCAUGAGAACUUCGGGAGGAGGAACUCCACUUCUCAUGUCUCACAGAACUAGUCCCACGUGGAGACUGGGUCUGUGAAGACUUAAAGCAUUCACGCAGCUUUUACAGUGUAAUUGUAUUAAGUCAUUUUUCCAAAUGUUGGUUUGGUAUUAAUUGAUCUGAUUAGGGUGAAAUGUUUUUUUUG